ACAUAAUCCGUGUUGCAUCAGUCUGACAUGUGAUGGGAGUGUUUUUGCUUGAUCCUGAAAGUGUGAGCAUAAUACCUCCACCCCGAUCCAAACGCUCGAUUUAAAAACAUAGAAAAGGAUGCUCUUGUAAACGUGCAAGAGACUCGGUGGGAGGGAAAAAAACCCACGUCAGCCUGUGAUUAUAUAAACCACUCUCUGGCUUUCUCGAGAGUUCCCAAACCUUGAUCCUUUUUGGGAAUCUCUGCAGCAGAUUAUUGCAAAGGGCUCGGGUGAAUAUGUGCUGACUCUCUCCCUGCGCCCUGUGAGAAAUAAAUAAAGAAAUAAAUAAAUAAGAGAGACUUGCUGCUGACUCACUCACAACAUAACGGUCUGACUAGCCACGGCUCUGGAUCUUAUUUUCCCCCCACGAGUGGCCGGUGCGGGGCAAUGAUUGGCGAGCCCCAGUGCGUCUCCUCUUUUCUGGGCUUGGGGGGAGUAAAGGAAGCGGAGGAGAGAGAGGAGGAGGAGGAGGAGGAGGAGUGAGUGUAGCGGCUUUGGGCAGCCUCGUCUCAGCUUGAUGAUGAUCGCUGCCGUGUUUCUGGUCCUCCUCAGGCCCCUCAGUCUUCAGUGCGCGCUGGUUUUGCUGUUGCUUUUGCUCGGGACCGUUGCCACUAUCUUGUUUUUUUGCAGCUGGCAGCGCAGUGUCGCUCGGGGGAAGCAGCCCAUCAAAUCAGUGCUGUCAGGGCGCUCCAAGAGCCGCGUGGGCCUCCGAACGCAUCAUUUUCGAUCAGAGGGGUUCAGACACAGUCCACGCCACUCCAGGAGAAGCUCACAUGCUCGGGUGACAGAGGAAAAGUCCAAUUUGAUCGUGGUCGCUGGCAAUGAGCCGGAUUCCUCAUCGAUUCUCAGGAAGCGCAAAGUGAAGAAGCGAGUUCUGCCGGAGUUUUACCAGACUGUGCAAGUCACCCCGACACGCAAAACUAGCUCCAGUUCGAGGAACGCUUCCCUCCACUCCAUGUCUUCCUCCGCGGAUUUAUCCGAAGAGGAAGAUUACAGCGUCAAAUCUGGGGCGGCAUCUCCGGCACCUGGCGACACUCUGCCAUGGAACCUGCCCAGACACGAAAGGUCCAAGAGGAAGAUCCAGGGGGGCUCCGUGCUGGAUCCGGCAGAGAGAGCGGUGCUCAGGAUCGCAGAUGAGAGAGACAGAGUGCAAAAGAAGACAUUCACAAAAUGGAUAAAUCAACAUCUGAUGAAGGUACGGAAGCACAUAAAUGACCUGUAUGAAGACCUGAGAGAUGGACAUAACUUGAUCUCGUUGCUUGAAGUCUUGUCCGGAGACAAACUGCCUCGGGAGAGAGGAAGGAUGCGCUUCCAUCGACUCCAGAACGUACAAAUAGCACUGGAUUAUUUAAAGAGACGGCAGGUCAAACUUGUAAAUAUCAGGAAUGAUGACAUCACAGAUGGCAAUCCCAAACUAACCCUGGGAUUAAUCUGGACUAUAAUACUGCACUUUCAGAUCUCAGAGAUUCAUGUCACAGGGGAGUCCCAGGACAUGACGGCCAAAGAGAGGCUGCUGCUCUGGUCCAAACAGAUUACGGAAGGCUAUGUUGGUGUCAGAUGUGACAAUUUCACAACCUCCUGGAGGGAUGGGAGGCUCUUCAAUGCCAUCAUUCAUAAAUACAGACCCGACUUAGUUGACAUGAGCCGAGUCUCCACGCAGAGCAACCGAUCCAAUUUAGAGAACGCGUUCGGUGUGGCUGAGCAACUGGGGGUGGCCAGACUGCUCGACCCAGAAGACGUUGAUGUCCAGUCGCCUGAUGAAAAGUCAGUCAUCACAUACGUCUCAACUCUGUACGAUGCCUUCCCGAGAGUACCUGAGGGAGGAGAAGGAAUCGGCCCCAAUGAUGUUGACAUCAAAUGGGUCGAGUAUCAGAACAUGAUCAAAUACCUCACUCAGUGGAUCAAACACAAUGUGACCGUGAUGUCCGAUAGAUCAUUCCCCAACAAUCCUGCUGAACUUAAGGCACUUUACACACAAUACCUGCAAUUUAAAGAACACGACAUCCCACUGAAGGAAAACGAGAAGACAAAAAUAAAAAAUUUCUACAAAAUGCUUGAGGUGUGGAUUGAGUUUGGACGCAUACAUUUACCGCCGGGUCAUCAUCCAAAUGAUGUGGAGAAGGAGUGGGGCAAAUUAAUUGUUGCCAUGCUGGAAAGAGAAAAGAGCCUGAGGCCCGAGGUAGAAAGGCUUGAGAUGCUGCAGCAAAUUGCCAACAGGGUCCAGCGAGACUGUGUGCAUGGCGAAGAAAAGCUGGCACUGGCAAGAAAUGCCCUGCAAUCUGACGUUAAACGUCUUGAAUCUGGAAUCCAAUUCCUAAAUGAACCAGAGAUCGCUGGAUAUCUUUUGGAGUGUGAGAAUAUCCUGAGGCAACAAGUCUUGGACAUACAAGUUCUUCUAGAUGGGAAAUUUCCAUUCACAGAUCAGCUAGUUCGAAGGGUAUCGAACCUACGAGAUGAUCUCCUAUCCCUGAGAGCAGAGUGUUCUUCUGUGUACAGCAAAGGCCGCACCCUAACCACAGAGCAGACCAAAAAGAUGAUCUCGGGCAUCACACAAAGCCUGAAUUCUGGCUACUCCCAGAAUAUCAGCCCGACACCAACCCUUCCUCCUGUACUUACCCAGGGAGGGUUAGAUACCCUCACGUUCACCUCGAGCCUUACAUCGUGCCUGACACCAUCCUUGACCACUGGACUGCAUUCCACUUCAGAGCAAACUUACAUGAGCAGCGCUGGUAGCAUGGAGCCAGGCAGCCUUCAGCAUAUGACACACAUGCACAUCCCCAAACCCUUAAUGAAAUCCGCACUGGCUGAUUCCAGCUUGACAGAAGAAGAGGUGAACAUGAAGUACAUUCAAGAUCUGUUGAACUGGGUGUCAGACAUGCAGUUGCAGUUGGACCGCUCAGAGUGGGGAUCUGACAUGCCAAGCGUGGCGACACACUUAGAUAACCACAAAGCAGUGCACCGAGCCAUCGAAGAAUUUCAAACGAGUCUUAAAGAAGCCCAACUGAGUGAGAUUCAGAUGAAUCUACCCUUGAAACUAACCUAUUCAGAAAAAUUGAGCAGUCUAGAGAAGCAAUACGAGAAAUUAUUGAGGUGUUCAAAGGAGCGCCAAAGUCACCUGGAGAGCCUGCAUGACUUCGUUUCGCAGGCAACACGUGAGCUCAUUUGGCUCAACGAGAAGGAGGAAGAGGAGGUUGCCUUUGACUGGAGCGAUCGCAACAGCAACGUGUCCAAGAAAAGAGACUACCAUGCUGAUCUGAUGAAGGAGCUGGAUGAAAAGGAGGAAGUGAUCAAGUCUGUGCAGGACCUAGCAGAGCGUCUUCUUUUUAACAGCCACCCGGCCAGGCCAACUAUUGAAGCAUACAGAGCUGCCAUGCAAACACAGUGGAGUUGGAUCCUUCAGCUUUGCUCGUGUGUGGAACAGCAUUUAAAAGAGAAUGCCAUUUAUUUUGAGUUUUUCAGCGAUGCCAAAGAAUCCAUGGACUUCCUUAGGAGCUUGCAAGAUGCCAUUCAGAGAAAGUACAACUGCGACCGAACCAGCAGCUUGCACAGACUGGAGGAUCUCAUUCAGGAAUCUAUGGAAGAAAAAGAGCAGCUUCUUCAAUACCGCAACACUGUCGCCGGGCUGAUGGGUCGGGCCAAGAAUAUCGUGCAGCUCAAACCCAGGAAUCCUGACAGCUCGCUUCGAUCAUCUAUCCCUGUCAAAGCCAUCUGUGACUAUCGACAGAUCGAGAUAACCAUUUAUAAAGAUGAUGAAUGUGUGCUGGCUAAUAACACUCAUCGGGCCAAGUGGAAAGUCAUCAACCCUGCAGGCAAUGAGGCCAUGGUGCCCUCUGUCUGUUUCACUGUGCCCCCACCCAAUAAAGAAGCUUUGGAUAUCGCUUCAAAAACAGAGCAGUUAUACCAGAAUGUCCUUGCACUUUGGCAUCACUCUCACAUCAACAUGAAAAGUGUGGUUUCUUGGCAUUACCUUAUGUCAGAUAUAGGCACCAUCCGCCACUGGAAUGUAGCCUCUUUUAAGACAAUGCUACCAGGUGAGCAUCAGCAAGUUUUGAGCAACCUUCAGUCUCAUUUUGAUGAGUUCUUGGAAGACUGUGAGGAGUCCGAGGUGUUCACCGUGGCAGACUGUGCUCAGCUAGAGAGCGAUGUUGCGGGCUGCAAGGAAUACUACCAAGAACUCCUCAAGUCUGCAGAAAGAGAGGAACACGAGGAGUCUGUGUUCAAUCAUUACAUCUCAGAAAUACGCAACUUCCGGAUGCAUCUGGAGGCCCACGAAGAGCACCUGAUCAGGCAAAUCCGCACACCUCUGGACAGAGAUGACGUCUACCAGAGCCGGCAGCGCAUCACUGAGCAAGAGAAGAAGAUGGCUGAGCUGAAUAAAUUUAAAGAAGACCUGGACACCCUGAGGGAGAAGUGUGAGCUGUUCCUCAGACAAGCUGCCAGCUUUCCAUUGGCGCCAACUCUCUCCUCGGAACUCAGUAUUGUUGUCCAGAACAUGAGCCAAGUGCACUCUAUGUCUUCUAUUUACAUGGACAAACUGAAGACAGUGAGUUUAGUAAUAAAGUACACCCAGAGUGCAGAGGAGUUAGUGAAGGCCUACGAAUCUAAACUCUAUGAGGAAGAUGCGAUGAAUUCUGACCUCCAGUCUAUUGAAACAGUCAUUUCUAUCCUCAAGCAAUGGCGGACAGAGAUAGAUGAAAAGCAAGACGUGUUCCAUGACAUGGAGGACGAACUGCAGAAAGCACGACUCAUCAAUGAUCGCAUGUUUAAGGCCCACAACGAACGUGACUUUGACCUGGACUGGCACAAGGAGAAGGCCGAUCAACUGAAUGAGAGAUGGCGUAACAUUCAUUCCCAAAUUGACAGCAGGCUGAGGGACCUGUAUGGUAACACCAAAUCUCUGAAACUUUACAAAGACACCUACAGUUGUCUUGAUGAGUGGGUGCGGGAAGUUGAGCUAGAACAAACGAAGGCCCAAGAAAAUAAACCAGAAGAUAGCAAGGCUCUUGCUGAAGUCUUGAACAAACAGAAGGUUCUUGUUGCUGAAAUUGAACAAAAGCAGAGCCAGAUUGAUGAAUGUCAGAAAUACUCAGAACAGUGCUCCUCCGCCAUUAAGGAUUAUGAGCUCCAGCUGAUGACCUUCAGAGCAAUGGUUGAUUCCCAACACAAAUCUCCCCUCAAGAAACGCAAAAUGCAGAGCUAUUCUGAUGCCAUCCAACAGGAGUUUAUGGAUCUUCGUACCCGCUACACAGCCCUCGUGACCCUCAUGACACAGUAUGUGAAGUUUGCAAGUGAAACCUUGAAGAGAACAGAAGAUGAGGAGAGAUCUUUGGAUGAAGAGAAGCGAGAACAUGGUGAUAAAGUUAGAAAACUAUUAGAUUGGAUGUCUAAUGUGAAACAGAAUGUGAGCAAUGAGGGAAAUGCUUUGAAAGAUAAUAAUGCCAACACAGAUACUUCAAAUAACCCUCAGAUCUCAGUGGAGGAAAUGGUUACAAAGAAAGAGCAGAUUGCAGAAGCGCUUAGGGCAACAGAAAUGAUGCUGAACAAACACUGUGAAAAGAUGACAGAAGAUGAGAGAGAAAAAGCCCAGGAACAGUUGAAGGACCUCAGCCAGGCUUACAGUGAACUGUCCCAACAUUGUUCUGAUCAGUGCACACUUGCAGAUGAGUCAAUAUUAGAACGGCACCAAGAGAUUGCAGACAAGUUAGAAGAAGUGUGCGAUAGUCUCACUUUGACGGAGAACCGCUUGAUUGGUCACCAACAACAGGCCGACAAUGCAGAGUGCAUCACAGACCUGCAGCAGUACCAGCAGGAACAUCAGGCUUUGCAGAAAGACGUCCUGACAAAUGCCAGUGCUUUGAAUGAGGUCAUCACUGGAACUAAAAGGUUUCUGGAGGAAAAUCAGGGCAAGCUGACAGCGAACCAAAUUGCUGAUAUUGAGACCAAGUUGGAAGAAGCGAAAAGCAAAGCCAAGCUUAUCCAAAAGCAAGCUGAGGAGUCGAGAAAGGAUUUGGAGAAAGUUGUUACGACUGCUAUAAAACAGGAGAGUGAAAAGGCUGCGGCUGUCGAGCGUCUUGAGGAAAGCAAGAACAAAAUAGAAGGUCUGCUAGAGUGGAUCUCCAACAUUGGGGAUAAAAAUGAAGGUAUUGAUGAAAGAGACCUCAUCAGCAAAGAGAAUGGAAACCUGCCAGGGGAAACAUUAGACAAGUUAAUAAAAGGAGAGAAGGACGACGCUAAUGGAAACACUUUGCAUCGAAGUGAAAGUGAUUUUGAUGGGCAGAGCGACGCUUGCAUUGACAAGCAGUAUGAACGAAUCAAGGCUCACCAUCAGGAGAUUCUUUCCCAGCAGCAGGAUUUGAUCAUGGCCACCCAAUCGGCCCAAGCUCUCCUGGACAAGCAAGCAAAUGUUCUGUCACCAGAGGAGAAAGACAAACUCCAGAAGAACAUCCUGGAACUGAAAGGACGCUAUGAUGCUUCCCUCACCCAAGCAGAGCAGCAGAUGAAGCAGGUCCAGUGUGUCCAGGAGGAGCUGAAAAAGUUUCAGAAUGAUUGUGAAGAGUUUGAGGACUGGUUGGCGCAGACCGAGAGUGAGAUGGAGCAAUUAAGUGCCUCAGCGGGUUGCCUAAAAAUCCUCAAUGAUAAACUCCUCAGACAGAAGAGCUUCUCAGAGGAUGUCAUCUCUCACAAGGGCGACCUUCGUUUCAUCACCAUUUCGGGCCAGAAGGUUCUGGAUGUGGCUAAAGUAUGUGGAGUCGCUGACCCGAUAUCUAAAAAUGGCCUAAUGCAAGUGGAUACUUCAGGAACCUGUUCCGCUGUCAAGGAGAAACUGGACUCUGCAGCCAGUCGAUAUAAGACACUUCAUUCACAGUGCAACCAGCUUGGCAACAAUCUCAAAGAUGUUGUUGACAAGUACAAGAAGUAUGAUGACUCCACCACGAGCCUUCUAAAGUGGCUUAGGAGCUCUGAGGAGGAGGCGAGGAAACAGCAGUCUGAGGCCAUUGCUGCAGAGCCACAAAUGCUGCAGAUACAACUAGAGAACACUAAGGCUUUGCAAGGUCAGAUAAGCGCACAUCAGACUGCUAUUGACACACUACGCAAAACAGCUGAUUCCUUAGUCACAUCUGAUGGAAACCUGCUCAGCAAUGCCGAUGAGAUCCAGGAGACAGUAGAUGACAUUGUGGAGCGCUAUGACAACAUGUCCAAGUCCGUGAGUGAUCGCAAUGAGAAGCUGCAGAUAACAUUGACACGCUCUAUGAGUGUCCAGGACGGAUUGGAUGAGAUGAUUGGAUGGAUGGAUGGAGUGGAGAGCAGUGUGAAAGAUAAUGGACAAAUUCCACUGGACUCUGCAUCCAUCACAGACAUCCUCAGCAAAGAAACCGCCAUAGAGCAGGACAUGGCAAGUCGCCAGAGCAGCAUUUCAGCCAUGAAAUCUAAACUGAAGAAGUUUGUGGAAACAGCCGAGCCCUCCUCUGCAGCCCUCCUGCAAUCCAAGAUGGACGCCCUUUCCCAACGCUUCUCAGACACCUGUGAUAAGCACAAGCAGAAAGUUUCACGCUUGGAGCAACUUAAAGACAAAGUGGAGCAGUUUGAGAAGGUGGCAGAAAAUGUCCAGCAGUUCAUUGUGAAGGGUACGGAAGAGCUACAUGAGCCUGAUGGGCCAGGGAAAACCUUUGAGGAACUCUCUGAGCUCACACAGAAUAUCAAAGCUGAGAUGGCUGAACAUGGCAAUAACUUGGAGAAGUUGCAGGCUCUGUCCAAAGAGCUGUGUGAAAUGAGCAAAGAUGGUAACAGAGCACAGAUCCAGAGCAAGAUGGACAAUCUCUCAAACAUCUUCAGCACCUUCAAAGACACUGUCAAAGAAAAGGAGGAGGAAAUAUCAUCGUGUCAGGACCUCCUGGGAGAGUUCAGGUCUGCAGCUAGUAGUCUCACUCAGUGGCUAGAGGAGACCAGUGAGAAAGUGCCUGUGGAGCAGCGAAACUGCAGUUCUAAAAGUUUGGAGAAGGACCUCCAAAUAGUCACUACAUUACUGGAAGAAUGGAGGUCUAAAGACGCAGCUGUGCAGGACUUGAACUGCAGAGGCUCUUCACUAUGCAGUCGCAUUGCUAUUGUUACAUCCCCUGCCAAAGCUAAGAUCCCUAACAAAACAGGUAAACUGAUGAAAAAAAGAGUUGUGAAAGCUCUUACUAAUGGUGGUGGUCCAGCAAGCCAUUCCUACCUAACCAAUAAAGAGCUGAUGACAAUUCAGCAACAUAUGUCCUCCGUCAACGAGCGCUACUCUUGUCUGGGUGACACGCUGAAGAGUCAAGCCGCUGAGCUGAAUGGAUCCGUGCGGGAGCUCAAGGAUGCCAAAAAGGAGACCGAAAACAUGAUGACAUGGCUGGAGGACAUGAAAACGACGGCCGCUUCUUGGAAGAAUGGUGCCACGGAGAAAGAUGCCGUGAAAACACAACUUGAACAACAGAAGGUGUUUGAAGAAGACAUGAACCAGAAGAAGGACCAGCUCCAGAAGCUGAGGGAGAAACUCAUCAACUUGAUUGAAAGUCAUCCAAACUCUCACGAAGCAGACACAUGGAAGGAGAUGUUGGCAGAGAUCGAUGCUGCUUGGGCAGAUAUCAGUGGCUCAGUGUUGGAGAGGAAGCAGCACCUGGAGCAGUCCAACAAGAAUCUGGACAUCGUCCAAAACACUCAACUGCAGCUUGGCCAGUGGCUGUCAGAGAAGGAACUGAUGAUGAGUGUACUUGGACCGCUCUCCAUUGACCCCAACAUGCUGAAAAUGCAGAAGCAACAAGUCCAGAUUCUCCAGAAUGAGUUCAAGAACCGCAAGCCUCAGUUUGAGCAACUCAAGGAAGCUGCCUCUGCCAUCCUAAACUUGUCAGAGAACCAGGACCCCUCAAAUGGGAAGCUGGUGAAGGAGCAGCUCACUACUGUUACAGAGAAGUGGCAAAGGCUUAUAGGGCAGCUGGAUCAGCGUGACGGCCUCAUUGAGCAGGCCGUGGUGAAGACGGGACAGUUCCAAGACUUGCUGAAGAACCUCGACCAGACCGCCGCUCAGCUGGAGGAUCAGCUCACCAGGAACCAGGCCAGCAGUGCCCAACCCGAUGCGGUGAAGAAACGGCUGGAGGAUGUCCACAACAUCUCGGUUCAGCUGAGAGAGGAGAGGGAGAAGCUAAAGCAGGCCGAAGCCAUUCAUGCAGAGCUCACAGCAAUUGUGACGGAGGACUAUCUCAGAGCUGACUUAGACAGGCAGCUGGAGAGUGUCAGCAAGCCUUUCCGACAGCUGGAAGAGAGAGCAGCCAAACAAAUUGAGCAGCUGAACUCGACCUUUGCCAGCUCCCAGCAGUUUCAUCAGACCUCCAAAGACUUCCAGUCAUGGCUGGCUGAGAAGCUGCAGGACCAAUCGAAGCCUCAGCCCAUUCCUGCCAAAGUGGACAUCCUGCAAAAAACGCUGGAUGAGCACAGAAAUGUACAAGUGGCGCUCAGCGAACAUGAGGCCACUUACAGUACAAUAGCAGGGGAGGGCGAAAUGCUUCUGCAGAACAUCGAUGGUGCAGAAAAGCUGGCACUGCAAAGUCAACUAUCUCUUCUCUCAUCUAACUGGCAGGAGGUGAAGAAGAGCUCUGAGAUGCAGGCUGACAAACUUAAGGCUGCUUUACAGAGAGCUCAGAAGUUUGAAGAGCACGUUGAGAAGCUUAACUCUUGGGUGAUGGAGUGUGAAGCUCAUGAGGGUCAAGUUAAACUCGCCGUUGAGCCUGCUGCCUUGGAGAACGCUUUCUCUCAAGUAAAAGCUCUUCAAAAAGAUGUGGAUAAGCACAGAGGGAUGGUAGAACAAAUGAACGCUGCCGCAGAGAGUCUUCUUGAGGUGGCUGACACUGACACAGAAAGAGUUAAAAAAGAGGCGGUGAACAUUUCUAAAAGAGUGGACUGCGCAUUGGAAGGUAUACAGAGCAAAAGAGAAUCUUUGGAAAAGAUCUCACAUGCGACUAAAGAAUUCACCGAAGGCUCCAGAGAGGCCAAGGCUCAACUUGAGGGCAUUAAGAAUCUCCUGGAUGUUUAUGAAUCGCAAGGUAAGCAGGCCUACAGCAAUAAGAACUUGACUAGCAUGAAAGCCCAACAAAAAAGCCUAGAAGGACUGCAAAACCAAGUAGAAAACCUUACGAGCUUGGCAAAGACUCUUGUAGGUGAUCUCCCAGAUACUGAUGGAGUGACAGACUUAUUACUCCAAGCUGACAACAUCGAAAAGGAAUACGGCACCCUUAACAAGAAGCUAGAAGAGAUGACCAAGCACUUGGAAAGUAAAUUGCAGGGUAUUGGGCAGUUCCAGAACAGCAUCCGUGAGAUGUGCACCCGCUUCACAGACCUGGAUGAUGAGUUGGACAGCAUGGCUCCGGUGGAUGUGGACUUGGUUGUUCUAAAGGAGCAGCAAGAGAACAUGGAAAGGUUUGUAGCACAGCUGCAAGAGCUGAUGGUCAAUGCAGCCAAUGCAGGGGACGGCUGUAAGAGGAUGCUCGAGACGGACUCUUCCCUUGACCUGUUGGGCCUGAAGAGAGACCUGGAUGCGCUGUACAAGCAGUGCGGGAAACUGAUGGACCGAGCCAAAGGCAGAGAGAGGCAAGUGCAGAGUACUCUCAACAAGCUGGAGGACCUCUGUGGUAAACUACACCAUGUGGAGGAUCAACUCUGCGGAGCUGUGGAUAAGGAAGCCUCCCAAGGAGCGGUCGGCAUGGAGACAGACAUCAUCAAUCAACAGCUGGAGGCCUUUAAGGCUUUCCAAAAGGAAGACAUUGAUCCAUUGCAGACACAACUCCAAGACAUCAACUGCCUCAGUCAGGGUCUGAUUCAGAACGCCGCUCGAGGGACCAACACAAAGAAGCUAGAAGACGACUUGGAGAAGGUGAACACAAAAUGGAACACGCUAAACAAAAAGAUUGCUGAGCGCUCAGCCCAGCUACAUGAAGCUCUGUUGCGUUGUGGAAGGUUCCAUGAUGCUCUGGACUCCCUUCUCAGCUGGUUGACGGACACGGAGGAACUCAUUGCCAAUCAGAAGCCACCUUCUGCAGAGUUCAAAGUGGUCAAGGCACAGAUACAAGAGCAGAAACUCUUACAGAGACUUUUGGACGAUCGAAAGCCCACUGUGGAGCUGAUAAAAAAUGAGGGAGGAAAGGUUGCAGAACUGGCAGAGUCUGUGGAUAAGGAAAAGGUUGCAAAAGAAAUGCGAUCUCUUGGGGAAAGGUGGGACACUUUGCUCAAGAAAGCUGAGAGCAGGCAUAAACAACUUCAGAGCAUUUUAGUAGUCACUCAGCAGUUCCAUGAGACCCUGGAGCCCCUGAGCGACUGGCUCGCAGUCACAGAGAAGCGCCUCUGCAACUCAGAACCAGUCGGCACAGAGACGUCAAAACUAAAAGACCAGAUCUCCCAUCACAAGGCCAUAGAAGAAGAAAUCAUGAAUCACAGUAAAGACCUGUUUCACACCAUCAGUUUGGGUCAGAUGCUCAAAGCUGUGAGCUCAGUUGACGACAAGCACUUUGUUCAGUCCAAGCUGGAUGCCACGCAGGCCGCUUACAUCGAGCUGCAGGAACGCUGCAGGAGGAAAGCUGAGCUGCUGCAGCAAGCCCUAGCCAAUGCCCAGCUCUUUGGAGAGGAUGAGGUGGCACUUAUGAACUGGCUCAGUGAGGCACACCCACGGUUGAGUGAAGUGUCCAUGGAGAACUACACAGUAGAGACCCUUGAAAAACAGAUGGCAGAACAACUGGCUCUACAAAGUGAUAUUGAAUUGAGGAAGAAGAAUGUUGACCAAGCCCUCUUCAACGGGAUGGAACUAUUGAAGCAAACAACAGGUGACGAGGUUGUUGUGAUCCAAAGCAAAUUGGACGGAAUCAAAACAAAAUAUGCUGAGAUCGUGUCGAUGAGUAACAAUGUUUUGAAGACAUUGGAGCGUGUUUUGAGUCUCUCCACAAAACUGCACCAUACACAUGAUGAUCUGAAAUCCUGGCUGGUGAAGGCAGAGGCUCAGGUCAGUUCUUAUGUGGCUCAGGAGCCAAUCGGAAACCAGCUCACUGAAGCCCAAAAGACUUUGCUAAAGGAGACGAAAGACCAAAAAGGAGUGGUGGACAAGUUGAAUGAGUUGAGUACCUUCCUUCUGGAUCUCAUCCCCUGGCAUACCCGAGAAGGUCUUGACAAGUUGGUAACGGAGGUCAAUGAGCGGUACAAAGCUGUCUGUGACAGCAUCACUCAGCAGGUCGACCAGAUCAACGCUGACAUUUGCAAGUCACAGCAGUUUGAAGAAGCAGCGGAUUCUGAGCUAGCAUGGCUUACUGAUGCUGAGAAUAAACUACUGUCCAUGGAGGAGAUCAAACUGGGACAGGACCAAACUGCAGCCCAGCUACAAGCACAUAAGGUCUUCUCUGUGGACAUUAUGAGGCACAAAGACUAUGUGGAUGCAAUAGUGAAAACGGGAAAAGCCAUCAUGGGUAGCAAAAAGCCAGAGGAAAAGGAACUGUUAGAGACCAAGACCCAGACUCUGGUGAAAAAAUAUGCUGCGGUGAGCCAUCUGAACUCAGAGCGCUGUCUGCAGCUGGAACGAGCCCAGUCUCUCGCAAGCCAAUUUUGGGAAACCUAUGAAGAGUUGUCACCAUGGCUUCAGGAAACCCUGAAGACCUUCGACCAGCUGCCCCCGCCCGCCAUUGAGUAUGACACGCUCAGGCAGCAACAAGAGGAACUCAGGCAAAUGCGAGAGCUGAUUGCCGAGCACAAACCGCACAUCGACAAAAUGAAUAAGAUUGGACCUCAGUUACUGGAAUUGAGCCCAGAGGAAGGCUUGCCCAUCAGAGAGAAAUACACAACAUCUGAGCAGCUUUACACCAAACUGAAGGCUGACGUCAAGCAGAGAGCUGCUGAGCUAGAUGAGGCCAUCUCCAAAUCCACUCAGUUUCAUGAUAAAAUCGACCCCAUGCUGGAGUCCCUGGAGCGGAUCGCUGAGCGUCUGCGUCAACCUCCCUCCAUUUCAGUGGAGGUGGACAAAAUCAAGGAGCAGAUAACCGAGAACAAAUGUGUCAGCAUGGACCUGGAGAAACUGCAGCCUUCCUAUGAGACCUUGAAGCAGCGAGGUGAAGAGAUGAUUGCACGGUCAGAAGACACAGAAUUAUCUGCCAAAGCUGUACAAGAAAAACUGGACCAUAUGGUGUUCCUGUGGACCGAUAUCCAAGUCUUGUUGGAGGAGCGGGAGGCCAAGCUGCUGGAUGUGAUGGACCUUGCCGAAAGGUUCUGGUGUGACCACUGCGCACUGAUGGCCACCAUCAAAGACAGCCAGGACCUACUGAGGGAGUUGGAGGAGCCUGGCGUGGAUCCUUCAGUUGUCAAACAGCAGCAAGAGUUUGUGGAGGGUUUUAAAGAGGAGAUUGAUGGGCUACAAGAAGAACUGGAUUCGGUUCGAAGCCAGGGCUCUGAGCUCAUGACAGCCUGUGGAGAGCCGGACAAACCUGUGAUAAGGAAAAGCAUUGAUGAGGUGAACUCGGCAUGGGAAAAUCUCGAUAAGACUUGGAAAGAGCGAGUUGAGAGGCUAGAGGAGGCAAUGCAGGGUGCAGUGCAAUUCCAAGAUGGUCUGCAGGGCAUGUUUGACUGGGUAGAUAUCCUGGAGAGCAAACUGGACUCCAUGUCACCUGUGGGCACAGACCUAGAAACUGUCAAGCAGCAGAUUGUUGAGCUCAAGGAGUUCAAAGUCGAAGCGUACCAGCUGCAGAUCGAGAUGGAGCGCCUGAACCACCAGGCAGACCUCCUCCUGAAGAAGGUGACGGAGGAGUCAGACCGUGGCGCCAUCCAGGAGCCGAUGUACGAGCUCAAGAUGCUCUGGGAAAACCUGGAUGAGAAGAUAAUCAGCCGCCAGCACAAACUUGAGGGAGGCCUUCUGGCACUGGGACAGUUCCAACAUGCACUGGAUGAGCUGCUGGCCUGGAUGAGCCACACAGAGGAACUGCUCAAUGAGCAGAGAAAGGCUGGAGGAGACCCCAAAGCCAUUGAAAUUGAGCUUGCAAAGCAUCAUGUUCUCCAAAUUGAUGUAUUAGCUCACAAGUCAACAGUUGAGACGGUGAACAAAGCAGGGAAUGAUCUAGUCCAAUCCAGUGCUGGAGAGGAAGCUUCUUGCUUGAGGAGAAAACUGGAGAACCUCGAUCAGCGCUGGAAAGCCAUCCUGGAGAGGACGAAGCAGAGGAAGCAGGAGUUGGAAAGUGCUCUGCUUCAGGCCCAGGGUUUCCAUGGUGAGGUGGAAGAUAUGCUCCAAUGGCUGAAAGACACAGAACGUCAGCUGUUGGCAUCAAAGGCUGUGGGAGGCUUACCAGACACAGCCCGCGAGCAGCUUAACGCCCAUCUGGAGUUGUGUUCUGCCUUGGAGGUGAAGGAGGAGCUGUACCGAGAGCUGAUGACCAAAGGUCAACAGCUGCUCGCUAUGACGCCCGAGGGCAACACAGAGCAGGACCUCAGCAACCUGAAGGACAAAUGGGAAGCCACGCAGGCCAAAGUUGCUGAAAGGAAGGUGAAACUGGAGGAGGCCUUGACGGUGGCCACAGAUUUCCACAACUCUCUGCAGGAAUUCAUCAACUGGCUGACACAAGCAGAGCAGACGCUGAAUAUGGUGUCGCCUGCUUCUCUGAUUCUGGAAACAAUCCUGUUUCAGAUUGAUGAGCAUAAGAUGUUUGCGACUGAGGUCAACUCUCACAGGGAUGACAUCAUCGAGCUUGACAAGACGGGCACUCAUCUGAAGUACUUUAGCCAGAAGCAGGAUGUGGUUCUGAUCAAGAAUUUGCUCCUGAGCGUACAAGGUCGCUGGGAGAAGCUGGUCCAGCGAUCUGUGGAACGUGGCCGUGUCUUGGAUGAUGCGAGGAAGAGAGCCAAACAGUUCCAUGAAAACUGGAGUAAACUGAUGGAUUGGUUGGAUGAAUCUGAGAAGACGCUGGACUCGGAGGUGGAAAUUGCCAAUGAGCCUGACAAAAUUAAGAAACAGCUCUCUCAACACAAGGAGUUCCAGAAGGCUUUGGGCAGUAAGCACUCAGUGUAUGAUACCACUGCGCGAACUGGACGAGCCCUCAAGGACAAGACUUCACUUCAGGAUGAUAAUCAGAAACUGGACGACAUGCUGAGCGAGCUGAGGGACAAAUGGGACACAGUUUGUGGAAAGUCCAUAGAGAGGCAAAACAAGCUGGAGGAGGCUCUGCUGUUCUCUGGACAGUUCAAAGAUGCUUUGCAGGCUCUCAUUGACUGGCUGUACCGAGUGGAGCCUCAGAUGGCCGAAGACCAGCCAGUUCAUGGAGACAUUGACCUGAUUUUGAACCUGAUAGACAACCACAAGGUUUUCCAGAAGGAGUUGGGAAAGCGGACAGUUAGCGUCCAAGCUCUCAAACGCUCAGCCAGGGAGUUGAUUGACAGCAGUCAUGAUGACUCCUCCUGGGUCAAAGUUCAGAUGCAGGAGCUGAGCACUCGCUGGGAGACGGUGUGCAACCUCUCUGUGUCCAAGCAGGCACGUCUGGAGCAAGCCCUGUGCCAGGCUGAGGAGUUUCACUCCACAGUUCACAUCCUGCUAGAGUGGCUGGCCGAGGCCGAGCAGAGUUUACGUUUCCAUGGCAGCCUGCCUGAUGAUGAAGAGGCUCUACGCGCGCUCAUUGACCAGCACAAGGAGUUCACGAAGAAACUGGAGGAAAAGCGAGUUGCUUUGAAUAAAGCAAUCGGUUUGGGCGAAGCUAUUCUAAGCAUCUGCCAUCCUGACUCCAUUACAACCAUCAAACACUGGAACACAAUAAUUAAAGCACGUUUUGAAGAGGUACAAGCCUGGGCCAGGCAGCACCAGCAGCGACUGGCUGCUGCUUUGGGCGAGUUCUUAGCCACUCAGGACCUGCUAGAGAACCUGCUGACCUGGCUGCAGUGGGCUGAGUCAAACCUGAGUGACAAAGACAAGGAAGUCCUACCGCAGGAGAUCCAGGAAGUUAAAAGUCUCAUAGCAGAGCACCAGGCUUUUAUGGAAGAAAUGACCAGGAAGCAACCAGAUGUUGACAAAAUCACAAAGACACACAAAAGGAAGGCUGCUUCGGAGCCUCAGAUCCACUCUCAGAUCCCCGUGUUGGACAAAGGAAGAGCUGCAAGAAAACGUUCUCCCACUCAAACUAUGUACGCAUCAGCGACACAAGCGCCCAUUGAAACCAAGAACCCACGAGUUAACCUGCUGGUCAGUAAGUGGCAGCACGUGUGGCUGCUGGCUCUGGAAAGGAGGAGGAAACUCAACGAUGCUUUGGACAGAUUGGAGGAGUUGAAAGAGUUUGCCAACUUUGACUUUGACGUGUGGCGGAAGCGUUACAUGCGCUGGAUGAAUCACAAAAAGUCUCGCGUCAUGGACUUCUUCCGGCGCAUUGACAAAGAUCAGGACGGCAAAGUUACAAGACAGGAGUUCAUCGAGGGCAUCCUCUCCUCCAAGUUCCCAACUAGUCGACUGGAAAUGAGCGCCGUGGCAGACAUAUUUGAUCGGGACGGUGACGGUUACAUCGACUACUACGAGUUUGUUGCGGCUCUUCAUCCCAACAAGGAUGCCUACAAACCUCUGACAGAUGCCGACAAGAUUGAAGAUGAGGUAACACGUCAAGUGGCCAAAUGCAAAUGUCCAAAACGGUUCCAAGUGGAGCAAAUUGGUGCCAACAAGUACAGGUUUUACCUUGGAAACCAGUUUGGAGACUCCCAGCAGCUUCGCCUGGUGCGUAUCCUGCGCAGUACUGUGAUGGUACGAGUGGGGGGUGGCUGGAUGGCUCUGGAUGAGUUCCUGGUGAAGAAUGACCCCUGUCGAGCUAAAGGCAGGACCAACAUGGAGCUGCGAGAAAAGUUCAUGGUCCCCGAGGGCACCACGCAGGUAAUGGCAAGCUUCCGCUACCGAGGCCGACGCUCUCGGCCCUCGUCGAGGGCGGCGUCGCCCAACAGGUCCAUGUCCAGCCAAAGCUGCGUCAUCCCGUCCAACCCGGCAGUGAACAGCACUCCCAAGACGUGCCAACACAUAAGCCGCAAUUAUGAUAAGCCAUGGCUUACAAACAGCAAACCCGCCACUCCAAUUAAAUCAUCUGACUCCUUCGGGAGCCCAGGUUCAUCAUCAGAGACGACACAAGUUCAAGGCAGCAAGUUGCGUCUUCCUGGCUACUUGUCAGGAAAAGGAUUUCAGUCAGGCGACGAGGGAACGUUAAUCAACGCUGCCGUGCUCAAAGCUCGGGGGCAGGCGUUCGGCGAUUCGAGGAAAAGCUCGAGCCGACCUGGAAGCAAAGCAGGAAGCAGAGGAAGCAGUCGCAGAGGCAGCGACGCCUCCGACUUUGACAUCUCGGACAUCCAGUCGGUGUGCUCGGACGCGUCGGAGACGGUCGGUGACGGCACGCGGUCAACGCCUCGCUCGGCGUCCCGCCAACACGGGGGAAAGCCCUCGAAGAUCCCGACACCACAGAGAAGAAGCACUCCCACGAGCAAACUGGCAAAGGGAUCCAAGCGAUAGUCAAUUGCCUUGAGAACAGAUAAAUGCCACAAACACUGGAAUUAUCGAAAUUAAGUGCAAAUGUGCUGAGUGUUAUUUAAAUUGUUGCUAAGUUGUAAAAUAUUCCUUUUGAGAGGCAAUAUGAAUAGUACGCGUGAAUGGAAUGUUGAUGGCUUAGUGUAUUUGUUUUUAAUGUGUUUUAUUUUUGGUGACAAUGUGAAAUGUUUUUUAUUGUAUUUUAUUUGAUUGAACCUGUCAAGGUUUGAUGGUCUCUUGGAAAUAACACUCGAGAGAAGUUACUGAAUGUACUUUUGUCAUAUAUGUGCUCUGGACUUUGGGGUAGCAUCACACCACAGUGCGUCCGUGUGUGUACAUGCGCGCGUGUGUGUGUGUGUGGCACCGCAAGUAUUUAUUUAUAAGUGCUAACAAUGUGCUUUCAAGGGCAAUGCAAUAUAACUAUGGUAAGCACUGCGGGAACCUUUAACAACACUAUUUCAAGUAGCAGAAACCUUGCAGUCACAAAGUCCUCCAUUUGCAGAUCACUUUGCAGCAUCUUGUAAGCCCUUUCACGUUGACAUUCUCCGUGUAGCCACGUCGCUUCUUUUCAGUUAUUACUGUAACAUUAUUACUUUGUAAUAAACCUGCUUGCACAAAGCUACCAGAAGCAAAGAG